AUGUCGCCACCCACCCCAGCAGCAACAACUGCGGAUCACCCUAGUGCGGCAAUGAAGAUCCCCUAUGACUCGUACCCGCACGUCAUCGAGUCCAUCGUCGCCUACUCCGACUACGAGACUCUCCUCUCCUUCCGCGCAACGUGUUCCGCCCUCAAGACCACAGCCCACAAGACGCUGUGCGAGGGCGAGCUCUUCGUCUCGAUCAAGGACCACCCCGGAGGUCUCGACGGCUGGGUGCAGGACAUCGAGACAGACCUGCAGGCGAAGCGCGAGCCCGUCUGGCGGGAAGUCGUGCUGCGGAGCGACAAGGGAGUGCUCCCCUUCCGCACCGAGGCCGACUGGGCGUUCGCAUGCAGCCACAGCACCUUCGUGAGCAUCGAUGGCGGGUGCCUCUCACCCUCUCUCGGCGCUGCGCGCUUCAUGAUGCCGAGCCCCGAGGAAGUGUAUGCCCUUCGCUCCCACACCGACAUUGACGAGUACAACAAGCUCGUCGACAGCCUGCCCAAGCGAUCGAGCCUUGAUGGCCUGCACCGCGCCCUGUCGAAGAUCACCUCCCCGCUCCUCAUCCAGCAUGCGUGGCAGAACCCUGCACCCGUCUUCCUCCCCUCGUCCGAGACGAUGACGCUCAUGCUGGACCCGAACUGCGACUGUGGCAACUCGGAAGCCGGCCUCGACACAACCCUGGAGCACACCGCGACCGAGGUGCAGGUGCGCGUGACGGAGCUGUGGGACCCCGGGUUCGACGUGCCCGAGUGCGCCGUGACAAGAGCCGCACUUGCACCCUCGGUGAAGCGCCUCGUGCUUUCAGCGCGCGACGUGCAGAGCUUUGCGAUCCCGCUCCAGGCCAUCCUGGCCGCGAGGGAGAAGCACAACAACUCUCCACUCGAGAUUAGGAUCGAGCUCGCUGAGGAUCUCGGCGAGGAGCCGGCGAGGUACCUUGGGGCUGCGUAUGCGGACCAGUUUGGCGUGCCCCACGACAAGCUGACGAUUGUGCAUGAGCCAAGCGCGGGCAAGGCGCCCGGUAUGGGCGACGAGUAG